GUUUCUGUACGAAAAGGAACAGAAAUUUCUCUUGACUUCUUCUAGUUAAAAUUUUUUUUUUUGUGGAAAGCAAAUUAUUAAUUGAAACAUUAUGUCUGCCAAGGAUGCAAAAGGUUGUAAGAAGGAACCUCCUAAGAAGGAACCUCCUAAAAAGGAUCCAUGUAAGCCCCAACCUAAAAAGCCUAAACUGCCUAAACCGGUUAUGCGUGGAUUGCAUAUGGCACAAACAAUGCGCAACAUCUAUACUGCUGUUGCUUUGUCAGCUACCGCCGGUAUCUGUUUCUACUUCUUAUACAGACGUCCUCAUCGUGCGGUUUUUCGUGAGUUCUAUGAAAACUAUGAUACUGAAAAAGCUUUUAAUCGCAUGAUGGCAGCAGGAAUUUUUGACGGAGCUCCACCAGAAGGUGCGGAAAAGAAAAAGAAGAAGUAGAACUGCAUUUCUUUAGCUCUCAAUUAUAACCAAGUUCCAUUUACAUGGGCGCAAUGAUUAAUUUCUUAAUUAUUUAGUUAAUAUUAACAUUGCGUUACAAUAAUUAAAAGAAAAAAAAUUAAAAAAAAAAUAAAAAAAAAUAUGAAAUAUAAAUGACAUUUGUAAAUGUCAAAAGAAACAGAAA